AUGGUGGUGUGGAUGUGCCUGUGGAUGUGGGUGGCACAGGGACUGAACUGCAGCCAAAGGGCUAACAAGUGGCAUGGAGCCAGAGGACUCUCGUCUGCCCGGUCGUCUGGUCAGCGCGGCCAGACACUCGACUUGGCCCGGCUGGAGCUAUUCGAGCAUGAUUUUUGGUGUUAUCGCCACACUUUUUUCUUGUUGACCCAAUUGUUUGUUUAUCAACAGAAAUUUAUUUACAUUUUUCACGUCUGGUUGCUGAGUUUGGUGAGUCUCCAGCUGCCCAAUUUGGGAACUGGUUCUCGGAUUCUGGCUGCAUUUUUCUGUCCGGCCAGAAGUCACUUUAUGAUGACAAAUGCCAUUAUCCGGGAGCUGGUUAGACGUGGACACGAAGUGACUUUUGUAACGCCCGUUUCAAUGGGGAAAGAGGAUCUGGGUCCAAAUUACAAGGAGAUUUUAUUUGCCCCAUAUGAUAACUGGAGUGACAUAAGAGAAACGACUAAAAUAAGCAGUGCUAUGGAACUGACAGACCUGCCCAUAUUCGACUUUUUCCGAAUGGUAUAUACGAUGGGCAUUCACAAUACUAACUUCGCCUUUGAGCAGCCGGAGAUCCAGGCAGUCAUCAAUGAGAAAAACAAAGUUGGAAAGUACGACUUGCUGCUUACGGAACAGUUCUUCAACGAGGGAGCCCUUAUCCUGGGCCACCUGUACCAGAUACCCAUUGUUACCCUUUCCACCUCAGGGUAUGCCAACUAUUUGAGUCAGUUGGUGGGCAUUGUGUCCCCCUGGUCGUAUGUUCCCCAUAAAUGGAUGGCCUACACCGAUCGCAUGCCUUUUUGGGAGCGCGUUGGCAAUGCUUUUGUCAGCGGAUCUGAGGAUCUGUAUCGAGAGUUUAAAUACUACCCGGAACAGGAUGCCAUCCUACGCAAACACUUUUCCAAUUUAUUGGUCAGAGUUCCCACAAUCAAGGAGCUGGAACGGAAUAUUUCAGCUAUUUUGCUGAACACUUACCUGCCAUUGGCCUCUCCCAGACCCACGUCCUUCAACAUGAUUCAAGUAGGAGGUCUUCACAUUCAGCCUUCCAAAGGAUUGCCAAAGGAUCUGCAAGAGUUUCUUGAUGAAGCUACCCAUGGAGUUAUUUACUUUAGUUUGGGAUCCCAAGUGAGAAGCGCCGAGCUACCUCCUGAAAAGCUAAAAAUAUUUCUUGAUGUGUUCAGCAGCUUAAAGCAGCGAGUUUUAUGGAAGUUCGAGAAUGAGACAUUGCCAGAGCUGCCAUCCAAUGUGAAGGUUCACAAGUGGUUGCCACAGGGAGAUGUCUUGGCACAUCCUAACAUAAAAGUCUUUAUCGCCCAUGGAGGGCUUUUUGGGAUCCAAGAGGCAGUCUACCAUGGAGUACCAGUGCUCGGCAUGCCUGUUUAUGGCGACCAGUCUUUGAAUCUUCAAAGAGGAAAAAGCUUGGGAUUUGCACUUGUCCUAGACUACCGUCGUCUAUCAGAAGAUGAGCUGCGAUCCUCUCUCAUUGAGCUCCUUGAGAAUCCCAAGUACAGGAUCAAUAUGAACGAGGCCUCACGGGUGUACCGGAAUCGCCCUCUGAGUGCGAUGGACACUGCCAUCUACUGGAUAGAAUAUGUAAUUACCCAUCGAGGAGCACCACAUUUGGUGGCUUAUGGAGUUGACUUGGCUUGGUACCAAUUCUACUUAUUGGAUGUUAUUGGAUUGGUAGUUUUUAUUGGUUUCAUGACUAUAUUAGCUUUAAGAUUUUUUUGUCGGAAAUUGUUUUCAUUAAACUUGAAAAAAUCAAAGAAAACUUUAACGUGGCAAAAGAUUGGAAUAGUCCAGUGCCACCUUUUGGUUGCCCUCUUCUCGACCAUAAUGCCAACCGUGCGGCAUGCCCGGUGA